ACAACACUAGAUUGCUAAAAUCCGGAGAGCGCGCCGCACGCACUGUGCAGCGGUUACCGGUUAAUUAUAUUUGAAGUUUCGUAAAUAUAAGUGGAAGCUUUUGUUACGAAUCUCAAAAGUAAGAAGUGUUUUAAUUUCAGUUAAGUGUUGUGAAAAAAUAUGAAGAUGAUAUCCCUAGUGUUUGUUUUGGGAGCAUUCCUCGCAGGAACAGAGGGUUGUGGACCUGGAAAGCAGAUGUUACGAUCUGGAGGACUAACUGCAUAUGAGAAGCAAGCUAUCGUAGAUGCACACAACCGUCUAAGGCAGUCCGUAGCUUUGGGUCAAGUGUCAAGUCAGCCUCCAGCAGCCAAUAUGAUGGAAAUGGUAUGGGACGAUGAACUUGCGGCGACAGCACAGCGCUGGUCUGAUCAGUGUACGCCAGCACAUGAUCGUGCAUCUCAACGAGAUGUUGGACGUUUCCCUGUGGGGCAAAAUUUGGCAGCCACUUGGACAACCCGCCCACCAUCUGACCAAUCAGACUCCGAACCAGACUUCAUGAAGCAAAUUGACGCAUGGUUCGAUGAAGUUAAAAUUUACGGUUUCAAACCCAUCAAUGGUGGUCAUGGAACCGGCCAUUAUUCUCAGCUCGUAUGGGGAGAAACAUCACAUGUUGGUUGUGGCUACACUUUCUAUUACGACCCUAGCCGAGGAUACACUAAGCUGUAUGUUUGUAACUACGGGCCCGGUGGAAAUGUGAUCGGAUCAAAUCCUUACGAGAAGGGCAGCCCAUCUUGCAGCGCCCAUGGUCUCGCUGAUUCAAGGAAAUAUUCUGGUCUUUGCUCAACGAGCUAUACUGCCACUUCAAGUUACCAAAACGUGGACAAUAAUAAUGGUUACAUCUCGAAUGUCAUUCCCGACAGCACAGCGGAAGCUCCAGGCUAUAACUUCCAAUUUUUCAAACAAUUCAACAACGAAUAUCAAUAUCAAUAUCAACCACCAAGAAAUUACUACCAAGAAACUUCUACCUUCAGGCCUUUAAUCAGUAUUUUCAAGACUGCUUCAAAUUUGUUUACCAAACCGAAGUCUCAGGGCUUUCGGCUUGGCAAUGUCUUCUUGUAAUUUACAAAAUAGUACUUAAAACUAAUAGCAGUAUUGUAUCACUACUAUAAAAGAGUGACUUGACUGAUUUUUCGAAUCUGUUAUACGCAGCCUUCGGAACAUAGUAGAUACAUUCCUUGGUUUUACAAGGAACAUAAGGUCUAUAGCAGUUUAUUGUACGUAAACAUUGAAGGUUCUAUAGAAUUUAACAAUACGCUGUCGAGAAUAACCUUCUAGUAUUAAUCAAACGUAAAGUAUAUUGUUAUUUAGUGAAUUUUUAUUUAA